AUGGAAUUCGAAGCUUUUCUUCUGUCCUUAGGGACAUCAGCAUUCAUCUUCCUCGUUCUCAUGUUCCUCUUCACGUGGCUUUCUCGUAGACCAGGAAACGUUUCCAUUUACUACCCGAACCGGAUCCUUAAAGGCAUGGAUCCUUGGGAAGGCAGCUCCUUGAACCGAAACCCAUUUACUUGGAUCCGUGAAGCUUUAACUUCCUCUGAACUAGAUGUCGUUAAGUUGUCCGGCGUCGAUACUGCCGUCUACUUUGUCUUCUUGAGCACUGUGUUAGGGAUAUUUGCUUUGUCGGGUCUUCUCAUCUUACCGACUCUCCUCCCUUUAGCCGCUACGGACAACAGUAUAAAGAACACAAGGAACGCGACAGACACCACAAGCAAAGGAACGUUUAGCCAACUUGAUAAUCUAUCAAUGGCUAACAUCUCAAGAAAGAGUUCAAGGCUGUGGGGGUUCCUAGGAGCGGUUUACUGGAUCUCUCUGGUCACAUAUUUCAUGUUAUGGAAAGCUUACAAGCAUGUCUCUACACUUAGAGCGCAAGCUCUCAUGUCUGCUGAUGUAAUUCCGGAGCAGUUCACUAUUCUUGUUAGGGAUAUACCUUCCCCACCUAACGGGCAGACACAGAAAGAGUUCAUAGAUUCUUUCUUCAGAGAUAUAUACCCCGAGACAUUCUACAGAUCUCUUGUCGUCACAGAAAACAGCAAGGUUAAUAAGAUAUGGGAAGGUUUGGAAGGUUACAAGAAGAAGCUUGCACGUGCAGAAGCGAUAUUCGCAGCGACUAGUAACCGACCAACUAAUAAGACAGGGUUGCUUGGUCUGGUCGGAAAACAGGUAGACAGCAUCGAGUAUUACACGGAGCUAAUCAACGAGUCAGUAGCCAAACUAGAGACAGAGCAGAAAAAGGUUCUUGCUGAGAAGCAGCAAACAGCAGCUAUUGUUUUCUUCACGGACCGAGUCACUGCAGCUUUAGCCGCACAGUCUCUACACAGCCAGAUGGUGGAUACAUGGACAGUGACUGAAGCACCUGAGCCACGUCAGAUCAUCUGGGAGAAUCUCAAGAUCAAGUUUUUCAGUAGACUAAUCAGACAGUACUUGAUCUACUUCAUUGUCGCAAUAACCAUUUUGUUUUACAUGAUCCCCAUCGCGUUUGUUUCUGCAAUCACCACUCUUGCGAAUCUACAGAAGGCUAUUCCUUUUAUUAAGCCAGUUGUGAAGAUAACUUUCAUAAGAACCAUCUUGGAGUCUUACCUUCCUCAGAUUGCACUCAUCAUCUUCUUGGCGAUGUUGCCUAAGUUCCUCAUGUUCCUCUCCAAAUCUGAAGGGAUACCUUCGCGGAGCCACGCCGUUAGAGCUGCCUCGGGGAAGUACUUUUACUUCUCGGUCUUGAAUGUCUUCAUAGGUGUGACACUUGCAGGGUCUUUGUUCGAUAACUUGAAGGCUCUUCAAAACAAUCCUAACUCCAUUGUUACCGUUUUGGCUACUAGCCUCCCUAAGAACGCUACUUUCUUCUUGACCUACGUCGCUCUCAAGUUCUUUGUCGGCUAUGGCCUCGAACUGUCACGGAUCAUACCGUUGAUAAUAUUCCAUCUGAAAAAGAAGUAUCUAUGCAAAACCGAAGCAGAGGUCAAAGAAGCUUGGUACCCAGGAGACUUGAGCUAUGCAACUAGGGUUCCUGGAGACAUGCUCAUCCUCACAAUCACCUUCUGCUAUUCUGUAAUCGCUCCUCUAAUCCUCGUAUUUGGCGUUAUCUACUUCGGUUUAGGGUGGCUCAUCCUGAGGAAUCAGGCGCUGAAAGUGUAUGUUCCAUCAUACGAGAGCUAUGGAAGGAUGUGGCCACAUAUUCACACCCGAAUACUAGCUGCAUUGUUUCUAUUCCAAAUGGUUAUGUUUGGUUACUUGGGAGUCAAGCUAUUCGUUUGGGCGACACUCUUGGUUCCUCUCAUUGUCACCUCUCUCAUCUUCGGAUACGUCUGCCGCCGGAAGUUCUACUCAGGGUUCGAACACACAGCUCUCGAGGUGGCUUGCCGUGAGCUGAAGCAGAGUCCGGACCUUGAGGAGAUUUUCAAAUCCUUCAUUCCGCAUAGCUUGAGCACUCACAAACCAGAAGAUCACCAGUUUAAAGGUGCAAUGUCUCGUUAUCAAGACUACGCUGCAAUAUCAGCCGCUUAGAAUUUGAAUCUAACCCUCAAUUAUCUCAUUAAUUUACUUUUAUUAUUGUGUGAUUUUAGGAUUUGUUUAGGAUAUUUCUUCGUAUAUGCUGUGUUGUUUGGUUGUUGUAAACUUUGUAAUAGCUACCGUUAAGACAAGCAAUCAAUUUAGGAUUUAAAAAAAAAAAAUUUAUUGACUAGGAACUGUGAAGAUUAUUCAAACGGAAAUAUAUAUAUGUUUGCGUCUACGCUUCUUCGU